UAAAAUAAAAACCCAACCCUAACUGUAAUUUCCCCCCAAUUUGAGUUCAUGCAUACACUUUCUCAUGCGCUAGAACGAGGAGAAAAUUGAAUUGAGUAUGAUAUCAGCGAUUUUCCGUACUCAAUCGCAUACUUAUUGACCUCGUAAUCCAAUUUUUCGGGAAAAUUUUGAAAUUUGGAGAUGAGCAUAGUACCGAAAGAAACAAUUGAGGUGAUAGCGCAGAGCAUUGGCAUCACCAAUUUAUCCCCCGAUGUGUUGCCUGCUCUGGCUGCUGAUGUGGAGUACCGCGUUCGCGAAAUCAUGCAGGAAGCAAUCAAAUGCAUGCGACAUUCGCGGAGAACUACUUUAACUACGGACGACGUUGAUAGUGCCCUUGGAUUAAGAAACGUCGAGCCAAUAUAUGGAUUUGCUUCUGGAGACCCAUUGCGGUUCAAAAGAGCUGCAGGGCACAAGGACUUGUUCUACGUUGAAGAUAAGGAUGUGGAGUUCAAGGAGGUGAUUGAAGCGCCGCUGCCGAAGGCCCCGUUGGACACAGCAGUGGUUGCUCACUGGUUAGCUAUUGAAGGAGUUCAACCUGCUAUUCCAGAAAAUCCUCCUCCUGAAGCUCUUCAGACACUAUCAAUGCCCUCUGAUAACAGAAAGACUGAGUUUAAAGAUGAUGGAGUACCUGUUGACAUUAAAUUACCAAUUAAGCAUGUACUUUCACGGGAACUUCAGCUUUACUUUGAGAAGAUCACUGAGUUGACUGUGAGUAGAUCUGAGUCUCCUCUGUUUAAAGAAGCAUUAGUCAGCUUGGCAACUGACUCGGGGAUCCAUCCAUUAGUUCCUUACUUUACAUUUUUUGUUGCUGAUGAGGUUUCUCGCAACCUGAAUAAUUUUUCUCUCCUUUUUGCUUUGAUGCGUCUUGUCUGGAGCCUUCUUCGAAAUCCACAUAUACACAUAGAGCCAUAUCUGCACCAAUUAAUGCCUUCGGUGAUGACUUGCCUCGUUGCUAAAAGAUUGGGAAAUAAAUUCUCCGACAACCACUGGGAUCUUAGAAAUUUCACAGCUAAUCUGGUUGCUUCCAUAUGUAAGAGAUUUGGCCAUGUUUAUCACAAUCUCCAGCCACGUGUAACCAGGACGUUGCUGCAUGCUUUCUUGGACCCAUCAAAAGCUCUCCCUCAACAUUAUGGUGCUAUUCAAGGCCUAGCAGCCCUCGGGCCUAAUGUGGUUCGGUUGCUGAUACUUCCCAAUCUAGAGCCUUAUUUGCGGCUUCUGGAGCCAGAAAUGCAACUAGAGAAGCAAAAGAAUGAGAUGAAGAGGCACGAAGCCUGGCUUGUAUAUGGGGCGUUAAUGCGCGCAGCUGGUUUGUGCAUGUAUGAUCGGUUGAAGAUGCUACCUUCUCUACUGUCUCCACCUGCACGUACUGUCUGGAAGAGUAAUAGCAAAGUCCUGACGACGGGUUCAAAUAAGCGUAAAGCCAGCAUGGAUAACAUGAUGCACCAGCCUCCAUUGAAGAAACUAGCAACAGACAGUUCUGUCGGAGUAAUAACCCCGAACUCACUGCCGGCGGACAUGCCAGGAACUAGCAGUGGAUAUUCAGCAAAUGUUGGGGCGGACUCUAAUAUGCAAUCAUCAAGGCCUUUAACAAAUAACAACGUGCCUGGGUCAAGUGGCAGAAAGGAGAUUGUUGGUGGCCAAGGACUGAAGCAAUCAGCUACUCUUGAUCAGGCGUGGAAGGAGGAUGCCGAUGCUAGGCAUUUGUUACCUUUGUUGUAUGAACAUUUUGGUGAAAGCAUGCUCUCCUUUGUACCUUCACCUGAGGCAGCUGUAUUCUUAUAAUUUUACUCUGGCCUGCAGAGGGAAAAGCUAUAUCGUAGAGCUCUAAGUUAAAUUGUGUACUCAAAUAGUACUCAUGUUGGUUAAUUUCUCUCAGGACAGUGAAAGAUAUUUUUGCGUUC